AUGGAAUUUAUUAUCUCAGUUUUCAGUCAGUGUAAGUUAAUUCGCCGUAAUCAGCCCUCUCCAAUUGUUGGUGAAAAUUUUGAGAAAUUGGUUACUGAUAAGAAAAUAGAUAUGAAAUUCCCCUUUACAUUUUACGGUACUGCUGUUAGCGCAUUCAGUGUAGGUGUUGAUGGUAAAAUUGAAAUAGAAGUACAAGGGGCUUACGCACUAAUUAACAAUUAUAUCUUCGGCGAUCUUCAGUGUGAAACUGAGAUUUCGGAUAAGAAGGAAUAUUUUGCUGUCAGAAGGUCUUGUCCUACAAACAUUGAUAAUAAAAUUGAUACAAUCAAGGUAAUGCACCUGAUACACUCGAAUGGGAAGAUAUCUUUCUAUUAUGAGAACAUUCCUAGAGGACUUAAGAAAGGCGAUGUUGAAUCGGGCAUUGGUUAUGAUAUCCGGUGUGGGGAAGGUAACAAUUGUUAUUUACAUUCUAAUUUACAUUGA